AUGCAAAUCAAGAAAGACUCUGAGAUCUCCAAAUUAUUGAAGAAUGAUGUCAUCAUUUUCUUUAGUAUAGAGACUACUCAAGAUAAAGAAUCAUUUAAGCCCAACUAUAGAAAGCUAGUAACUGAUUAGAUACUAGACCAAACUCUAGAAGGCCUAAGAGACCAAAAUCCAGCUCAAAACUCAAAUGAUCAUGGUGCUACUAUUAUGAUAAAGGAUCUUGAUUUCUUUAUCCAGGAUAAAUUCUUCCCAAAUAUAGUAUAAAUUGACUGGUAAGUGAAAAUAUCUCUUCAUAACUAUAUCAGGAAAACCUAUGAUGUAAAGUUUAAAUAGAUUCUGGCAACUGAAACUCAUGUUAUUAAGCCUACAAAUAUGCAGAAAUUGAAGAUAGAAACGAUAACUAAGACAGGUUUAAGUGAUUAAAUCAUCGAAGAAAAAGGUAUAUCUUUCCAAGAAGCCAUUACUAAGUUUACCUAAUUUGCAUAUGAGAAUCUGAUACUAAAAAACCAGUCUUUUGAGUUAGUGGUAUUUGGCGAUUGGAUGCUUAAGUAUCAAUUCCCCAUUGAAGCAGCUCAGAAAAAUAUCAAGCUUGGACCUCAUUUCAACCAAUAUAUUUCCCUAAUGACACUAAUAAGUGAAGUCUAUGGACAUCAGAAGGCUGCUAUGAUUAAUAUCCCAGAGGACUUAGUAACUGAGUUCAAUAUUUAAGUUGAUAACUUGGAUUUAGUUUUGAAGGCAAGUUACCAUUGCUUGCUAAUUGCUGAAUUUUUUCAGAAAAGUUUAUUGCCUCACUAUACUACUCAGUAAAAUGACACUGUGGAAUAAGAUUUAGACAUUUGCUACAGUCCCACUGAUAUUUAUGAAGGUAAAACAUCGAAGAAUAAACAAACCAAUGCAAUUCAAGAAGAAGAGGAGAAAACUACCACUUAGAAUGGUAAUGGAAAAGUAGACACUACAAAGAGAUCAGAAAAUAAUAAUGGAGAUAAAAAUGAACCUUAAGAGAGAAGACCUAGGAGCAGAAGUAGAUCAAUUGAAAAUAGAAGAGGUAGUAGAUAAACAAUGGGAGAUGAAAAUGAAGUAGAUUCAGUCUUCUCAUUCAUUAAAAUAAUAAAUGUGCCUGAUUAAUGCAACGAAAUUGACCUAUUUAAACUUAUUCCAAGGCAUAUAAAAGUUUAUGAGGUUAAGUUUGGUAAGGAUAGAGUAGGAUUACACAGUUGUGUAUUUUAAAUUGAAAAGUUUUCUACAGAGGAAGUUAUAAACCUUGGAAUAAGGAGAAUCAAAGAUUACGAUGUUGAGACUUUUGUAAGUUCAAAGAAGGAAUUCAGUGAAAUUCAUGAUAACAGAAGAAACAUGCACAGAAAUUCAGAUAGAUUUUCAAAUUAAGAUAGGUAGCCUAAUAUUGAUCUGAGUUAAUUUAAUAUGAAUGAGUAUCUGGGACUUAAACUGAGAGGCUUGCCUUUUUAAAUAAGAUAGCAGGACAUUGAGUUCUUCUUUAAAGAGUUUGAAUUGAUAAAAGAAUCUGUAAAAAUUGGGAGAAACUUUGAUGGACAAAGAACUGGUGAAGCUGCAGUCUUAUUUUAAUCAGAAUCUGAGAGCAAAAGAGCAUUCUAAGUAAAGCAGGGUCAGAAUAUAGCCCACAGAUGGAUAUAGCUUUAUUAAAUGACUGUCUCCGACUAUGCAGCUUUUGACUAAAAGUAUUGUUGCUAAAUAUUAAAUCUUAUGUUUAGUUAACAAACCAGAAAGACUGUGAAACUGAAUAAAUACAUUACUGAAUAAAAUAUGAACAGAGUAAUGAAACUCAGAGGACUGCCUUACUCAAUUACAUGUGAAGAAAUCUGCUAAUUCUUCAGAGAAUAUGAUGUGACUCUCAGUGAUGUGGUGAUAGAAGAAAUGAAUGGUAAAAAAACUGGAUAUGGCUUAGUAUUUUUCAAAGAUAGUACCACCGCAUAAGAUGCUAAACUGCUCAAGAAUAAAUAACAAAUAGGAAAGAGAUAUGUCGAAGUACUUGAAGUUACACCACAAGACUUAAUGUAAUGA